GCCCGCUCUAGCCUCCCCAUGCUGUCCCCCGUUUCCCUCCCCUUUCAAGUUCCAACAACAAAAUGUUGUUUCUUUCUAAUGGAGCCAUGAAAACUUAUGCCACUGCUUCGGGGUAUAAAAUAUCUAAAUCUCUCUCUCAUUUUUUAGAUGUUUCUCAUAUUCUCUAUAGAGCAAUGUUAAGCCUUUCCCUUCACAGUUUCCAUUAAAAUUUGGGUUUCUUCCACUUCCUUUGCAUUACUUACUCACCAUUCACCAAUCCAGACAUCCGGUUUACUCUGCAUUGUUAAUUGCGAUCCUUCCAUCGGUUUAAUCUCAUCAUAUUAGCAAUUUGCAAUUUUUCUUUAUCAAAAUUUGGGAUCUUUCCGGUGUACAAUCCUUUAUUUCUCCGCAAGAAAUUUUGUAACUUUUAAUAAAUGAUUGAUCUUCGGUUGAACUUUGAAAUGUCACAAUAACGUUUUAUUGAGGGCAGAGGGGGAGGAAAAUGAAGCUUCUAGUGCGAGUGAUUGAAGCGCGGAACAUGCCGGGAAAUGACCAAAAUGGGCCCAGUGAUGCCUACGUGAAAGUGCAGAUGGGGAAGCAGAAGUUCCGGACUAAGGUGGUGAAGAAAUGUUUGAUCCCAUCAUGGUGUGAGGAAUUCGGCUUUAGGGUUGAAGAGUACAAGGAGGAAGAGCUGGUGGUUUCUGUUCUUGGCGAAGAUAAGUACUUCAAUGACGAUUUUGUGGGCCAGGUUAAGAUCAACAUUUCCCAGGUUCUUGAAGCUGAUGGGAAGUCCCUUGGAACUGCUUGGUACACUUUGCAUCCCAAGAAUAAAAAAGCUAAGAAUAGGGACUGUGGUAUAUAAGCUUCUUCUUCUUGUUCCUUGUAAUAAAGGGUGAUUAAUUUAGAAUCAUUCCAAGUCCCUAAUGAAGUAUAUAUGCAUCUACCAAGCUAAAAGUGGCAUAAAAUCUAUGAUCUUUAUCAUUAAUCUAAUUUGUUUUUCCAGGCCAAAUUCUUCUCACGGUUUGUUUCUCUCAAAAUAAUUUGUUCGCCCCAGACAUGCAGGCCGGAGGUGACCUUUUUCCCCUGCCAUCAAAGAAGCAUAGUACGGAUGUUGCAGGAAAUGAAUGUGUUUCAAGGUCUUCCUUUGGCUCAUUCAAUUUCCCGUCCCCAACGAGGUUAGAAGAAGCCAGCUCAUUCAAAGAAGAAAACCCGAAUUCGCAGACCUUAGUUGGCCGGCUUUAUCAAAUGUUCAACAAGAACAACGAUGAACUAGCUGCAACUUCUGCAAAAUGUCCAGAUGUUUCUGAAAACCUCUGUACAUUGGAUAAUAAGGAGGAGGGUUCACAAGAGGAGCAGUCUUCAUCAUCAUCACUCAGCUUUGAAGAAAUGAUGAGAAGCAUGGAGAUGAGGGAACAAGAGAGUGAAAUUCCGAGUAAGUUGCCAGGAGUAGCCGUAGACCGAGUUUUUGCAAUCGCACCACGUGAGCUCAACUUAAUCCUCUUCUCUCCCGACUCAACCUUCCUCAAAUCGUUAAUAGACACCCAAGGAUCCACAGAGUUGUGUGUAGGUCCUUGGAAGUUCCACAAUGGUGGUCAGAGUUUAAAAAGAGUACUCUCUUUCAUUAAGGCGGCGAGUAAAUUGGUCAAAGCUUUGAAAACUACUGAGGAGCAGACUUAUCUGAAAGCUGACGGGAAGACAUAUGCAGUAUCUUGCACAGUUACCACUCCGGACGCGCCGUACGGGAACACGUUUAGGACAGAACUGCUCUACUGCAUAACCUCAGGCCCGGAUCUGCCUACUGGAGAAGAAUCUUCGAGGUUGAUGGUUUCAUGGCGGAUGAACUUCUUACAAAGCACUAUGAUGAAAGGUUUGAUUGAAAACGGAGCACGACAAGGGGUGAAGGAGAAUUUCGAGCAAUUCUCAAGCUUAUUGUCUCAGAGUGUCAAACCUGUUGAUGAGGGGGAGAAGCAGGUGGAAUUAGGAUCUCUUCAGCUGGAACCACAAUCGGACACGAAACUGGCCUUUCAGUAUUUUGCUAAUUUCACUUUGGUUUCUACGUUUGUCAUGGGAUUGUAUGUAAUUUUCCACAUCUUGAUUGCCAGCCCUAGCACAAUACAGGGAUUAGAGUUUAUUGGGCUUGAUUUGCCGGAUUCUAUUGGGGAGUUGAUUGUUUCUGGAGUGUUAGUAUUGCAGGGUACUCGUGCACUGAAGCUGGUUUCAGGAUUUAUGCAGGCAAGAGUACAAAGAGCCAAAGGUGGUGACCACGGAGUCAAAGCACAGGGAGAUGGUUGGCUAUUGACUGUUGCAUUGCUUGAAGGGAGUGAUCUGGUGGCAGUUGACUCGGGCGAUUGUUCUAAUCCAUAUGUGGUUUUUACUUGCAAUGGUAAAACUAGGGCGAGCUCAAUCAAGUUCCGAAGUUCAUAUCCUAAGUGGAAUGAAAUAUUUGAGUUUGAUGCAAUGGAGGAGCCGCCAUCUUUGCUGAAUGUUGAAGUUUUUGAUUUUGAUGGACCUUCCCAUGAAGCUACAUCUAUUGGACAUGCUGAAAUCAAUUUUGUUAAAACAAAAAUAUCAGAUCUGUCUGAUAUUUGGGUUACCCUUCAAGGCCAGUUUGCUCUAGCCUGCCAGUCUAAGUUGCAUUUGAGAAUUGUCUUGAAUAAUACAAAGGGUAGCAAUGUCGUCAAAGAUUAUUUGUCUAAGAUGGAGAAAGAAGUGGGAAAGAAGAUAAAAUUAAGGUCUCCACAAACAAAUUCAGCAUUCCAAAAGAUUUUUCAUCUUCCACCAGAGGAGUUCCUUAUCAACGACUUCUCUUGUCAGUUGAAGCGUAAAAUGCCCCUUCAGGGUCGUCUCUUUCUCUCUGCAAGAAUAAUUGGAUUUCAUGCAGAUCUGUUUGGACAUAAGACAAAAUUUUUCUUUCAUUGGGAAGAUAUCGAAGACAUUCAAGUCAUUCCAAAGACUUUGGCAUCAAUUGGCAGCCCUAUUGUUAUCAUGACUCUAAAGUCAGGCAAAGGUUUUGAUGCCAAACAUGGUGCAAAGACUCAAGAUGCAGAGGGCAGGCUUAAGUUCCAUUUUCAGUCCUUCGUAUCCUUCAGUAUGGCUCUUAGACUGAUCAUGGCACUGUGGAAGGCAAGAGCUUUGAGCCCAGAGGAAAAGGCACGAAUCGUUGAAGAAGAAUCCAAGGCUAAGAACCUCCAGAUGAGUGAUGAGGACUCAAUGGACAAAAACUUACACGUGGAUGAUGAGACUGAAGGGAAAAACAUACAAAGUGAAGAGACUGAUUUAUCCACGGGAGAUGAUGAUCUCACUAUGUCUAUUGCUUAUUCCUCUGUUCUUUCUAUUCCUACAGAUUUUUUCAUGGAGUUGUUUAGUGGGAAUGAACUGGACAGAAGAGUAAUGGAGAGAGCGGGGUGUCUAAACUAUUCCUGCAGCCCAUGGGAGUCAGAGAAGACAGAUGUUUACCAAAGACAACUUUAUUACAAAAUUGAUAAAUGGAUAUCGCGCUACAAAGCAGAGGUCACAAGCACACAACAGAAAUCCCGCCUUCCUGAUAAAAAUGGUUGGCUCAUCGAAGAGGUCUUGACAUUUCAUGGGGUCCCAUUGGGUGACUAUUUUAAUCUUCAUCACAGGUAUCAAGUUGAGGAUGUCUCAUCAGGAACAACAGGGUGCAAUGUGCAGGUAUACUUUAGGGUGCAAUGGUCAAAAUACAUUAAACAUCAGAAAAGAAUCACCAAGAACAUCACUUCCAAUCUUCAAGAGCGGUUGUUGAUAAUGUUUAGUGCACUUGAGAAGGAAUAUCUCUCGGAACAAUAAUUGGGCACAAUGAAACCACUAUUCAUCCACGACUACAACAGCAGCCAGUGGGGUUUUUUAUCAACUGAAUCAUACCGCUUGUGAAGUGCCUUAAGUAAGUACGUCCUCGUCCAGGGAAAAUUAGCUAUUCUUUUCAUACUAAAUUAAGCGCUACUCUCUCUACUUUAAUACAAGUGAUGCUUUGGAGGACUGCACACAUAUUCAGAAACCAAACAAAUACCAAUAUUAUACACUUAUUAACAAGUAAGGUACACCCCCAGACCCCAGUAUUAUACUUCCGAUAUGGCCAUUUAGUUAUUGGCAGUUUAUUGGACCAAUAAACUUUACCUGAGUUUUUUCUAAAUGACUAUGUUCUUUUUGUACACUGACAAGAUAGUUGCAUACUCUUAACUCUUAUUUAUAGGCUUAUAGCACAGUGUGUGUGUUAUAAAGAAGCCUGGUUUUACCUACGAUAGCAGACUCACAGUGAAACUUGAGACCUGAUUGAUAGAUAGCAUUCUUGUGUGCAUGUUGAUCUUUGUUUUUCAUGUUGUCUAAUAGGAGUUAUACAGAGUGAUUAUUUUACCUUGUAAUAGUAUCAGUUACACUAAUGAUAGUGUAUCAACCAGAAAGACACCACAGAUGAUCUGAAACUCAUUGUUGUAUAUUUAAUAGCUAAUAUAACUAUGCUUGACAAACAGCUGCACUGUAAAUUACGUUUUUUAUAGCCUUGUGUUACUAUAUAUGUUAAAAUCAUUUUUUAACCAAAUGAUUCCUAUUAAGUUCCAUAACUUUUAGUUGAACCUAUUGAGGUUGUCAAGUGCUAGUAAUUUAAGUCCAUUGGACAGGGUUGGCUUUCAGAAGCAGGCAUUCAGGACGGAGUGCCUCUAUUCUUUCCCGACUGUGCAUCUCAGAUGGGCGGUCCUCUAUUGAUGGGAUGGAAGUGUGAGUUGGAAAAAAAUCGAUCUCAUGGGAUCCAAAUGUAGGAUGGAAUAAACAUCAUGGCUGCCUAUUGGGAGAUUGGAAGAAGCCAAUUGAUCCACCAUUUUUUUGCAUCUCAGCCUAACCUUUUGUUAACACAUGCAUCACCAGUCGUUUGGCAGCAAUCGAUACAAAUGGCCCUUAGAGUUUAUUUUCUGGAGAACUACAUAGGCAUAGCACACUCUACGACUUAAGUUUUAAAUAUAAAAGCAUUUCCUUCAACACUUUUUAUGCAAACAAGAAUAAUAAUAGCCUUCUGAUAGCACCAAUUGAGGAAAGUAAUGUAGACUUUAUUCAACCACUGGAUUAUUUAGUCUAAGAAUUUGUUCUGGUCAUAAGAAAAAAUCAGGUCAGGUAGUUCUAACAGGAACCUUCGCCAGAACUAGUUCGUUUGAGGUGCUUUAAGGUGGUUUUUUUUUUAAAUUUGUGAUAAUGUUUUUCAUUAAGGUUAGAUCAUGUCCACAAAAUUUUAGCCUAAAAUGCAAUCGAAAAGUCAGUUAAAUAAAUUAUUGAAAAACAUUGCAUUUUAUAUACAUUUUGGCGCAAUAUUUUUCAAUAAUUUAUUUAACCAUAUUCCCGGUUGAAUUUUAAGCUAAAGUUUUAUGGAUAUAAUCCAUACUUCAUGUAUAACAUGCUCACAAAAUUUCAUCAAAAAUUUCUGCUCAGAAGCACCUCAAAUAGACGAGUUCGAACAGUGAUUCGCGUUAGAACUACCUGACAGAAUCAUUGCUCUCUUAUCUUAUGCAUAUAAUGUUGUGAUUGCUAGAGGAAUAACAAUAUUUUUAAAUGGAGUGAAAUUUUCUGGUUUGAUUUAGUUUGAAAUAAAG